GAGGUCGUUCGGCUCGGGUACGAGCCUCUGCGCCAUGGACACCAGCGACCUGUUCGCCAGCUGCAGGAAGGGGGAUGUGGGCCGAGUGCGAGCCCAUAAUCGGCCUCCGGUCCCUGAGGAUUCGGAAACUCCUGACGCAGCUAAAGUGAAUCUGGCGCUGAGAUGCCGCCUCCAUGGGCCGGACGCGGAGGGAAGGGGUGCCCAGUUGGGUUUUGGGGCCCUUCCCCUCCUUGGCCUUCCACUAUCCCGUUUGACCUCCUUUUUUCUUGGCCCUUCCUCCCCCUUGACCUGGUGCUGACUGACUGCUUCCACCUCCCCUGGGCUGGCGCCGGGCUGCUGUACUCCCGUAGCCUCCCUGGGCCCCUCCCCGACAUCCCGUGCCACUCAAGAGUUAGUGCAUAGUGUCAACGCUGAGUGGGUUCACAGCACUUCCAGGUGCAGCCUGGAGGCCUCUCUCGGGCUGCCCCCGCCUCAGUGGGGCUACAUUAGCAUUGGCGACUCGCCUCGCUCACCUUCCGCAUCCCAUCAGUUGCUGUAUCCCGCGACUCCUGCGUCCUAGAAUUGUGUGCCCUCCACACCACCAGGAGGCCUGCAGCAGCUUUUCCCCGGGCUCCCUGCUUCUAACAGGGUCAGCUUCUUCCUGCAGUAGAGAGCUCUGGUGGGAGUGAAGGCUCCAUCACCUCCUCUCCCAAACGCUGAAAGGCCAAAGGUCCAGCCUCGGCACUGGCGCUGGCCUCUGUCCCUGUAGCCCAUCGUCCCCCAGCACUGAUAGCACACAGUGUCUGCCUGUCCGACCCCACCUCCACACCCUUGCCUGCACUUUGCCUUGAGUGCCUCUCCUGCUCUGGUCUGCCUGUCACCUGCCCUCACCUGGGGGAGGCUUCCCCAGACCAAAAGGGAUGUUUUCCCUCCGUUUCUUUCCACGGGCCUUCUUUCUCAGACCAUGAACCCAUCCUGACCCAGGCUCUGACCUCCUUCCUGCCCAGGUACCUACUGGAGCAGCGAGACGUGGAGGUGAAUGUGCGGGACAAGUGGGACAGCACCCCCUUGUACUAUGCCUGCUUGUGUGGGCACGAGGAGCUGGUACUCUACCUUCUGGCCAAUGGAGCCCGCUGUGAAGCCAACACCUUCGAUGGUGAGCGCUGCCUCUAUGGGGCACUGAGUGACCCCAUCCGUCGGGCUCUACGCGAUUACAAGCAGGUCACGGCUUCCUGCAGGAGGCGGGAUUACUAUGAUGACUUCUUACAGCGGCUUCUGGAGCAGGGCAUCCACAGUGACGUGGUCUUUGUAGUACACGGGAAGCCAUUCCGGGUGCAUCGCUGCGUCCUGGGUGCACGUAGUGCCUACUUUGCUAAUAUGCUGGACACCAAAUGGAAGGGCAAGAGUGUCGUGGUUCUCAGGCACCCACUGAUCAACCCCGUGGCCUUUGGGGCCCUGCUGCAGUACCUGUACACAGGCCGCCUGGACAUUGGCGUAGAGCAUGUGAGUGACUGUGAGCGCCUGGCCAAGCAAUGCCAGCUGUGGGACCUGCUCAGCGACCUGGAGGCCAAGUGCGAGAAGGUGUCUGAGUUUGUGGCGUCUAAGCCAGGCACGUGUGUGAAGGUGCUGACCAUCGAGCCCCCCCCUGCAGACCCCCGCCUCCGGGAGGACAUGGCGCUGCUAGCCGAUUGUGCCCUGCCCCCCGAGCUCCGAGGUGAUCUUUGGGAGCUGCCCUUCCCUUGUCCUGAUGGCUUCAACAGCUGCCCUGACAUCUGCUUCCGAGUGGCCGGCUGCAGCUUCCUCUGCCACAAGGCCUUUUUCUGUGGCCGCAGUGACUACUUCCGGGCCCUGCUGGAUGACCACUUCCGAGAGAGCGAGGAGCCAGUGACCUCAGGGGGCCCCCCAGCCGUCACCUUGCAUGGCAUCUCACCCGACGUCUUCACUCACGUGCUCUACUACGUGUACAGCGACCACACUGAGCUGUCCCCUGAGGCAGCCUACGACGUGCUGAGCGUCGCCGACAUGUACCUGCUGCCAGGCCUGAAGAGGCUCUGCGGCCGCAGCCUGGCUCAGGUGCUAGACGAGGACACUGUGGUGGGUGUGUGGCGCGUGGCCAAGCUCUUCCGCCUGGCGCGGCUUGAGGACCAGUGCACUGAGUACAUGGCCAAGGUCAUUGAGAAGCUGGUGGAGCGGGAGGACUUCGUGGAGGCGGUGAAGGAGGAGGCAGCGGCUGUGGCGGCCCGGCAGGAGACGGACUCUAUCCCGCUGGUGGACGACAUCCGCUUCCAUGUGGCCAGCACGGUGCAGACCUACAGUGCCAUAGAGGAGGCGCAGCAGCGGCUGCAGGCACUGGAGGACCUGCUCGUGUCUAUCGGCCUGGACUGUUGAGCCCUGGCUGGGCAGCCCCAGGGGCCAGGAGCUCUCUUGGAGACAAGCAUGUGUAUGCGUUUGUGUGCAGCUCUUCUUCCUGCUCCCUGCACAUUGAGGGCUUCAUGGGGGGUGCAGGGGGCUCAGUGGGGCUUCUCUUCCCUCCCUGAGCCUGGAGACCCCAGGGGAGGAUCCGUUUGGGAUGAGCCCCCUCCCCCCAAUGCACAAUCCAGCCCCCAAGACCCUGGGGGUGGGCACCACUCAGGGAAACCUGGGGUGGGGGUGGGCUUUGGUCUUGGCACUCUCCUUCUCCAGAUCCCCCCUCCCCACCCCAGUCCCAAAUCCAGUCCUCUGGCUCUCGCCUGGCCCUGAGUUGCUUCUCUAAGCCGGUGUUCCCAUGCACAGGGCCAUUCAGGAAGGGCUGGGGGAGUGUGUGUGGCAAUAAAGCUUGAAGGCACUGUGGGAGC